AGGGGCAAAUAACUCUAACAAUUAAAAUAAAACAUUGGGACGAACAUGUUGCACAUUACCCCUAUCCCGAAAACGUCAGAAUAAAAAAAAAUUCGGAUAGGGUUACAUUAUUGCAGCUAGUGACUGACUUACGUCAAGUGUCUGCCAGGGCACGGGAUCUUGGUUAUUGAAGUUUCAUUGGGAAAAAACACCCCAGAUCAGUGAACCUUCCUAAAACCUCAGUACAGUAAACUGACUUUGUAGUGGAGAGAAAAUAUGACGGAAGUUUUUAAUUUUCGUUUUGGUGGACCAGGCGCCGACGGAGUAGCUGGAUGUAAAGAAAUUCUGUUGCAUUCAACACAGGCUCUUCUUACAGGUGAAGUGGACGAGCUUGAGCUGUUUGAUUAUGGACCUCCAAAUGGACAUCCGGAGGUCAGGCGCCAUUUGGCAGAAUUUUUGACAACUCAGUAUAAAGACAACGUUGAAAGAGACAAUUUGUUUAUUACGGCCGGUGCAACUCAUGGAUUACAUUUAGUAACUACUGUACUGAUGAGUGUGGACACGCCCAUUUUUGUCGAAGAUCCAUCGUAUUUCCUUGCCAUUGGGAUGUUCAGAGAGGACUAUCGUAAUCCUGUUAUUCCUGUUCCUACAGAUGAGUAUGGGAUAGAUGUGGAUGCCCUAGAGAAGCUGUUACAGGAAACACCUGCUCCUGCGCACGCAAAGACCCCCUUCCGGCGGAUGUUGUACACAAUGACUGUCCACCACAACCCCAGGGGAGUCUGUCUACCGCCAGAGAAAUGUCGGCGACUUGUUUCCUUGGCCAGACAAUAUGACAUGUUGAUGUUCUGUGAUGACGUCUACAACCUGUUAACGUACACAGAUAACGGAGUCCCCCCACUUAGACUUCUGUCUUAUGACAACAAGGAAGAUCCGAAUUAUAAAGGCAACACCCUCUCAAACUGCACUUUUUCCAAAAUUUUCUCACCUGGUGUGCGCUUAGGAUGGAUAGAGACGGGUCCGAGGGUUAUGAAACUUUUGAUUGAUUGUUUUACAACAACAAGUGGAUACUGUUACAACCACUACAUGUCCUGUGUGAUUGGAAAAGCAUUGGAGCUGGGCCUUAUAGAGUCUAAUCUGUCAAGACUGCGGAGGCUAUACGGGGAGAGAAUCAAAACAGCAUGUCGUCGAUUGCGGGAAAAUCAACUUCCUGUUUCAUUUGUUGAACCCAAGGGUGGUUUCUUCAUAUGGCUGCAAUUACCAGAAAAUAUGGAUGGAAAAGAUCUCUGUGAAAAGGCCAAGGCAGCUAAUGUUCUUGUACAGAUUGGAUCAAAGGCGUCACCAAGUGGUGGAUGGAAAAACUUCAUUCGCCUUUCUAUUAGUGUAUGUCCUGUGGACAAAAUCGAAAAGGGAAUAGACAAAUUGUCGGAGAUAAUUCGCUCAAAUGCCAUUCAAAAAGUGUAAAAGGUUGUAUAUCGUAAGAUGUGUUCAGGUAAAUGAUGUUCGGUAUGGAGAAAUAAAUAUAAUUAAUUCAA